AUGGCAAUAGGCACGUUGGUCAUGGACAUCGCCAUGAGAGCAGAGCGGUUGGCAACACCGCGAGCCAUUCUAGGGAUCGCUGCCGGAUUGACCUUCAUCUACCUUCUUAGCAAGGUGAUCUACGCGCUCUGUCUGGAUCCCCUCCGCCAUAUUCCGGGGCCUCGUUUCAAUGCAGUGUCCAUGAUCCCGUACGCGAGACAUUUGCUUGCCGGCACGACGGUUCAAAACUCUGUCUCUCUGCACCGACGGUACGGGGACGUGGUACGCAUCUCGCCCAACGAGGUGUCCCUCAUUUGUGGCGAGACGGCGUUUCCCGAUAUCUAUGGGUUUCGGACGGGAAAGAUGAAAGGGCAUUUGAAUAUGGCCAAGGACCCGGUGUGGUAUGUGACUCCGAGCAAUGGGGCGCCAUCUAUCUUGCAGGCAAAUGAUGAGGACCACUCUCGAGGCCGUCGUGUGCUCGCCCAUGCCUUCAGCGACAAGGCGCUCAUGGGCCAGGAGCCCCUGGUCCAGCGCUACGUCAAUCAACUCAUCGAUCGACUGAAGGAAGUGACAUCCGCCAACGACGAGCCGGUGGACAUGGUGAAAUGGUACAAUUGGACGACGUUUGAUGUGAUUGCGGAUCUUCUCUUCGGGGAGCCCUUUGGCUGCCUCCAAGACCUCUCGACCCACCGAUACGUCGCCCUCCUCUUCGAAUCGCUCAAAUCCCUCCGGAUGAUCUACAUCCUCGCCUACUACCCGUGGCUCCGCUUCCUCGGCAACCUCAUCGUCGACAAAGGCCUCAUCCAGAAACGAAAGGAAUACGCGACCUGGGUCUCCACCCAAGUCACCAAACGAAUCAACACCGCCACCCCGCGGCCCGACUUCAUGAGCCACAUCCUCGCCAACAACGACACCCGGGGCGUGAAGCUCACCCGGGCGGAGAUCGACUCCAACGCGACGCUAAUGACGACUGCGGGCUCCGAGACCACGGCCACCUUACUCAGCGGGGCGACGUAUCUCCUCCUCACGCACCCGCGCGUCCUCCGCACGCUCCAGCACGAGAUCCGCUCGGAAUUCCCCACCUACGAGUCCAUCACGCUGGAGGCCGUGGCCAAGCGGACCCCGUACCUGAACGCCGUCAUCGCCGAAGCCCUCCGCUUCUUCCCGCCCGUGCCGGUGGGAUUCAUCCGCCGGGUCCCCGCGGGCGGGGAGAUGGUGAGCGGGUAUUGGAUGCCGGAGGGGACCGUUGUCUCGGUCAGUCAUUACGCGGCGUAUCACUCGGAGCGGAAUUUCGGGGAUGCGGAGAGCUGGGUUCCGGAGCGGUGGCUCGGAGACGAGAGAUACGUCCAUGACAAGCGCGCCGCGUUCCAGCCGUUCAGCUUCGGGCCCCGCAGCUGUCUCGGCCGGAACCUGGCCUACGCGGAGAUGCGGUUGAUCCUCGCCAAGAUGGUCUGGUCGUUUGAGAUGGAGUUGGCGGAGGGGUCGCGUCAGGAUUGGUUGCAGCGGUGUCGGGUGAUGAGGCUUUGGCAGAAGCCCGAGUUGGAAGUGCGGGUGAGGGCGAGGGUGGUUGCUUGA